CUCAACACAUGCCUGUUCUUCUGUCCGUCUGUUUUUGGGCACUAAACAAGGGGAGAGGAUCCACCAUCUCAACACAACUGCUGAAUCUCUCACCUGAAAAUUUGUACUAUGGACGCAGCAGAGUUCCGGCGCAGAGGGAAAGAGAUGGUGGACUUUGUGGCGGACUACCUGGAGAACAUAGAACAGCGACCUGUCUACCCAGAUUUGGAACCGGGGUAUCUUCGUUCCUUGAUCCCCACUGAGGCCCCACUAGAGCCUGAGAAUUAUGAGGAUAUUAUAAAGGAUGUGGAGAGGGUCAUAAUGCCAGGGGUCACCCACUGGCACAGCCCAUAUUUCUUUGCCUACUUUCCAGCUGCCUCCUCUUACCCUGCCAUGUUGGCCGACAUGCUGUGUGGAGCCAUUGGCUGUAUUGGAUUCUCUUGGGCUGCCAGCCCUGCCUGUACAGAACUGGAGACAGUGAUGUUAGACUGGCUGGGGAAGAUGCUGCAACUGCCUGAACAUUUUAUAGCUGGGACUCACGGUCAUGGAGGAGGUGUCAUCCAGGGCACAGCCAGUGAAGCAACCCUGAUGUCCCUGCUCGCUGCUCGCUGUAAAGCUAUCCGACGAGUCCACGCUUCCAUCCCUGAAAAAUCGGAGGCUGAUAUCCUCUCCAAACUGGUUGCAUACACCUCUGAGCAAGCUCAUUCCUCAGUGGAGCGUGCUGCUCUGAUUGGAGGAGUGAUGAUGAGGAAGGUUCCUACAGACAACAGCUAUGCUGUCAGAGGGGACAUGCUUAAGAAGAUUGUGGAGGAGGACAAAGCAGCUGGACUCAUCCCUUUCUAUUUCUGUGCGACUCUUGGCACCACUCCAUCAUGUGCUUUUGAUCACAUCACCGAGCUGGGACCCUUAUGUAAUGAGGAAAAUAUGUGGAUGCAUAUUGAUGCAGCAUAUGCUGGGAGUGCAUUUAUCUGUCCUGAGUUUAGGCCUUUGCUGAAUGGCGUGGAGUUUGCAGACUCUUUCAACUUCAACCCACACAAAUGGCUUCUAGUCAACUUUGACUGCUCUGCAAUGUGGGUGAAGAAGAGAACAGACAUUAUUGGAGCCUUCAAGAUGGAACCACUUUACCUGAAACACGAAAACCAGGAGUCAGGGCUGGUCACAGAUUAUAGGCACUGGCAGAUUCCACUGGGAAGAAGAUUUCGCUCACUAAAGAUGUGGUUUGUUUUCCGUUUGUAUGGACUUAAAGGCCUGCAGGCUCAUAUACGCAAGCAAGUGGACCUGGCCAAGGAGUUUGAGAGUCUGGUACGGGCAGACAAGAGGUUUGAGAUCUGUGCUGAGGUCAUCAUGGGACUGGUCUGCUUCAGGCUCAAGGGCUCCAACGAGCUGAACCAGAACUUGCUGAAAAGGAUCACUGAGAGCAGGGAGAUCCACCUGGUGCCUUGCCAGCUCUCUGGCCGCUUUGUCCUGCGCUUUGCCAUCUGUGCACGCUCUACUGAGUCACGUCACAUCCAGCAAGCAUGGCGGCACAUCACUCAGCUGACCUUUGAGCUUUUGCAGGAGCCCAAUCAUUGACCAAAAGUCUAGGAAGGAGCUGUCCACUCUGAUGCCUAAAUGAGGACCAAAGUUAGGACAAAAUUUGAUUUUCAUGUAGCAGAUGUAAAAUGUCAUAAAGGGAAUAAACAAUGAUUUCACAGCUCAAUUAGCAGUCAGGUAUUUCUGUCUGCAGUUAUCCUGUCUAGUAAGCAGGCAAUUAAUAACUUAUAACACAAAAACUCAAAUGUCCAAAGGAAAGAUACAGGUUCCAAAUAUUACAUUUUCUAUCUGCAACUUCUUCUUCCAUUGACUUAGCUUUUAUCUCGUAGUGUUUAAUGAGCAUGUUAUCGUCCUUAUCACAAUGCACUCAUCCCCAUGCAGACUUGUCUUUACUGUUUAUGCUGCUUAUGUGUCUUCUAUAUGUAAAAUUUGGGCUGGGGUGAAUUCAAGAUUUGGUUUGGUAGGUUUGGGAUGAAGUUCUUGAGUUCUGCAUUGAAUGUAUUGCACAUUGUGUGUGUGACAGAUUUUUUUUUAGUCCAUGUGUGUCUGCUAUUUUCUGUGGGUGCUCAUACAGAAACAUCUUUUUAUGUGUAUGUGUAGUGACACGCUUUAAGUGAAGGGUUAGAAAUGAAUGCAUUGUAAUAGUGUGAGGAGGAUGAAUUAAUCACAUCACUUGGGGUCCUUUACAGAGAUUUACAGAGGUUAAAGAAUUCUAACAUUGCUCCUAGUAAUCAGGAUGAACCUCUUUUAUAAGUGCAUUAAUUUAUUUUUGACCUUAUUAGAAAAAAUAGUUGUAUUUAAUAUAAAUAAUGGCAGAAUUAUUAUUUUUUACCAUAAAUCUUAUUAAUCUGUACAGUGUCUUAUGCACAGAUGGCCAGUAUUACCCAAAACUGUAGCAAAAGACAAUCACUGAUGAUAGAGUUGAAAGAAAUUAAAAUAUAAGUCAAUACAUUCAAUAUUCUCUGAGUGCACACUGUCUAACACUGAUUCUGUGUGCCAAUACAGUAAGGUCAUUCAAGUUUACCAUUAUGUUUAUGAGGAAUCCAGAAUCGUUUAUAUUUCCAACAUAUCUCUCAUCGUGUAUGUUUAACCUUUAGCAUCAAGAUUUAAGACAUAUUCUCAUGAUGAACAAAUGUAGUUAAAAAAAGAAUAGUGUCCUCUCUGUUGUCCACAUGCACAACAUGUCUUGUUGCUAUGGUUUUUAGCUUGCUAAUCCCUCACAUUUGUCUGCCAGGAGAUAUGUAAAUCACCAAACCUUGUUGUUAAUUCAUAUGAUUGUGUCAGUCAGCUGCUGUUGCUGAUCCAGGUGUUUUCUCUUUGGCUUGGUUGUGUGCUGCAUGCAAUGAUAUAGGUUUAUUUUAUUAAAGUGUACUGUGGUCUGCA